GUCAGCGGAUGAAGAGUAGCAAGCAGAAAAAGGUGGACUACUGCAGCCUCUUCCUGUCCCAGAACAACCAUGGCAAGUGGUUAGCCUGGACUUCAUCACCGGGUUACCACCUACCUCCAGCGGUCAUGACGCCAUCCUUGUCAUUAUCAACAAUUCUCCAAAAUGGGACCACUUCAUCCCGACACACACGACAGCACGCACCGAAGAAACAGCACAACUCUUCGUUCGAUACAUCAUCUCAUAGCAUGGCAUUCCAACCACACUCAUCUCCGACCGAGACCCCUAAGUUCACCAGCAAGUUCUGGAAGGAACUUAUGUCUCUCCUCGGGACCAAACGCGCCAUGUCAUCCGCUUACCAUCCGCUGACAGACGGACAGACCGAGCGCCUCAACCAAAUUGUUGGAGCAACUCCUCGAGCAGCUGCAAGGCGAGAUCUCUAAUGGGACUUGCACUCUGCCCGUACUAGAGG